AUGUGGGCAGGAAUAAAUCUAGCAUUCAUCUUCAGCUCGGUGAUCUACGGCAUCAGCUACCGGUCCAUGAACUCCAUGGCAAAGCCGUCUUUCACAGAUGACGGCAGCCUUGCCGACGGGGGAAUUGACUUGAAUAUGGAGCAGGGGAUGGCAGAGCACCUCAAGGAUGUGAUCCUGCUGACAGCUAUAGUCCAAGUGCUGAGCUGCUUCUCACUCUACGUCUGGUACUUCUGGCUCUUGGCUCCGGGACGUGCUCUCUACCUCCUGUGGGUGAACAUCCUGGGGCCCUGGCUUACAGCUGACUCUUCGCCUGCUGGUCAGGAACCAAACGAGAAGAAGCAACGCCGACAAGAACGCCGCCAGAUGAAGCGCUUCUAGCCUUGGCUGGGGAAGAUAGAUUAACGCCGUCUCUCAUCUCCAUGCUGUUAUUUCAUCAGAGAUGCGACCGAAACCAAUCCGAAACCAUCGCAGUAGCUAUAUUGCCCUCUGUCAUUGCUGCCAUUCUGCUAGAAAGGCUGCAAGAGACUUCCCUGGGUUGGUUCUUCGUGCCAGUCGAGGCCUUGCUCCUUGGGAUGGCAAGGGGUGAUGAUGCUGGGAUGUGUGUAAAUACCUUUUUAAAGCAGCGCCGUAUCGCAUUUGAGGUUGGGGAUUGCAACGUUGGAGGAAAUAGUACAUUAAAGAGCAGAGUCUAAUUGAC